CAUUGCAGCCAUCUGCAUUCGACUUGCCAUUUUAUUUUUGACAGCCAUUGUGAACGGAAAUAUUUAUAGACCGCAUUGAGAAAUCCAAAAAAUCCAGAGAAAGUAAAAGUGACACCAAAAAAAAAACAACAACACAAAUAUGAAGACAAAAUAAUAUUUCCGAUCCUUGAUAUAAGACAAUGAACAAACAAAAAACUACGGGAAAAACUUCGGUUUAUCGAAAUGUAACAAUAAUUGUAAUCGGUUUCACAAUGGGUGUCUAUUACACCCUUAUGUGGUUGAAUACUCGUGCGACCCAGUGUCAGCCGUUGGCCAUAGGGCAAUACGGAAACAAGGACUAUGUGCCAGAAAUCGGGUCACUCACACAAGAAAAUAAUAACAUCAACGUAUCCGAAGAAAUAGAUACCACCACAAAUAUGGGGGAGUAUUUGUUCAACACAACACGAGUACUCUGUUGGAUUGUCACCAAUCCCGCCAACCAUUUGACCAAAGCCAUACACAUUCGUCGGACAUGGGGACGUCGAUGCAAUAAAUUACUCUUCAUCAGUUCCGAGGCAGACAGUGUUUUGCAAACAGUUCCCCUGCCGGUUGACGAAGGUCGUGAAUAUUUGUGGUUCAAAACCAAAAUGGGUCUGAAAUACAUCUACGAUAAUCACCUGGAUGAUGCCGACUGGUUUCUGAAAGCCGAUGAUGAUACAUAUGUUAUAAUGGAGAAUCUGCGCUAUUUCUUAUAUCAAUAUUCUCCAGACAUACCCAUAUAUUUUGGUUGUAAAUUUGACAGAUAUAUUAAACAAGGAUAUAUGUCCGGUGGAGCGGGUUAUGUUCUGAGUAAAAGUGCACUGACAAAAUUCAUUACUGAGGCCUAUAACAAUCAACGUCUCUGCAAUUACAAGACCAUAGCCGAGGACGAACAGUUGGGCUUUUGCAUGGAAAAUAUUGGUGUCAUUGCUGGCGAUUCAAGGGAUGAGAAGGGUUUGGAGCGUUUUAUACCAUUGCCACCGGUUGAUCUCUAUCCCCAGCCAACUACUGAUUGGUAUAUAAAAUGGGUUAAACACGAACCAGAAAAAAAUGUGUCCUGUUGUUCGCCGCAUGCUAUAUCUUUUCAUUAUAUAGUUCCAGAUUAUUUUUAUGUCCUGGAAUAUUUCCUAUACACACUUCGACCUUUUGGUAUUUCCUAUAGCCAUGAUACGUUGCCACAAAAAUUAAAUGUUUCACAUAUUUAUGCGUCUGGUAUACCCGAUGCGGAGACUUUGAUAGCCCCGCCAACAACUGUAGAUAGUAUUAGCUAAUCAUAAACAUUUAUAUUUAUGUCAACAAAAAAUAUAUAGAAUUUCUGUGUUCCAUUAGAAUUAUUU